AUGUUUCAACACAAAGCCAACGAUGCAAGCUUCCUCAACACAAAGGCAUCCAAGGACUGUCGCUUCGCUCUUCCCGGGUUUGGCAGACCAUUGGACUAUGCCCCAACAGAGAAGAAUAUUUAUGGUGUCGAGAGUCGUAGUAUGUUUCCCUCUGCUUUAGACGAUAGGGAUAUUGAGGCAGGAUAUGUCGAUUUGCCCGUUCUUACUCUCCGUGAGAUCGCGAUGGUGGAUUACAUGGAGGACUUGACGGAUAUACCAGAAUGGUGGAAAAAGGUAUUUGACCCUGCAUACCAGGAGCAGUGGAAAAAGGCUGCAUUAAAUGGUGACAGGGACAUCACGCUCAACAUGGCAGAGUGGAUCAUUGAUGAGCUCCAAUUCAAAGCCAUGAUCUACGAGACGACCAGCGUUGUGGCUUUGUAUAACGGAGAUGUCACCAAGUCGGAUUCCAACUUAUCCGAGUCUUUGAUCAGCAAUCUCAAGACUCAGAUCAAAGCCCUGGAGUUUGAUCAGGAGGUCCUGAAGUUCUAUCACCCAGGAUCUCUGGCAAAGCAGCGAGACUUUAUAGCCAUGGCCCUUUACCCACUCGUUUAUGGAAAAAGUCGCAUUCUCAUGGACAGGGUCAUCACACUAGAUGAAGCCCUUGACUAUGCUGGCCAAGGGGAAGUGAUUCCGGUUCCAAAAGAGACAGGAAUCACCAGAGAAGACAUUGCCUGGCGUGUUUUUUCCCGCGCAGACAUUCAGGUACGUCCUUACAGUCGGGACUUCCAGUGUCUGCCGACGGAUUGGGAGUUUCGCGAUGAUGGCCGAUGGCACAUUGCGACAUAUGUCAACAACCUUCACCCGGUCAAGCACCGGCCCAUCUACAAGCUCAUUGAAGAAGCUUUCAACUGUAUCAUCCCGCAAUGGAAUGCCACUCUGACUCCCCUCAAGGACAUGCUUCAUUCCCGUGCUCGGAUCGAGUAUCACAAGGCGGAGUAUUAUCCUGUCAUGAAAGAAGCUGCGGCACGGGCGCCCCAAAUGAGGCCCAGAGAGGCCCAGAGUGAGUUCGACGAACGCAUGGAAGAGUGGAAAAUGAAGAAUUACACCGCAAUCCAGCCCGAUGCAGGCAAGUUCCUACCAUGGGCAGUCCCUCCCUGGAUGAUGGACAAGUUGCCCGAAGACCUACCCGCAGCAGUGAGGAUCGAGCGCGGCGUUGAUCUCAAUCGGGACUACAAGGAGCGUGGCCUGCAGGUCAUAACCCGCAUGCUGGGUAUUGACCUUAGCCCCGAAGAGCCGGCUUUUGAGGCCGAUUGGCAUGUCGAAUGCACGAUGAAUGAACAUAUUUGUGCCUCCGCCUUCCUGACCUACGAGCACGACAACGUCGAGGACGCUUACAUGGAAUUUCGCAACAUGGCUGAAACAGCUUCGCUGACUGAGGUUGAUCAUGAGCCCAAUGACUUCAUCUGGCUGCGCCAGGUCUUUGGUCUUGAGAACGGCGAGCCUGCGAUCCAAGCUCCCGGUUCCAUUCGCGCCAUGCCAGGCCGCUGCAUCAUGUAUCCCAGUACAGUGCAGCACAAAUUCACUCGCUUCGAGCUGAAAGACAAGACGAAGCCUGGAUUUGCACGAGCCUUGGUCUUUCUCCUCGUUGAUCCCAACAUUCGGAUCAUCUCCACGGCCAAUAUCCCGCCUCAGCGUCUUGAUUGGACUAUGGACAUUCCGGAAUCUGGAGAAGAGUUGAAGGAGACCAUGGCGAAGCUGGCGCUGGAAAAUCGGAAUUCGAAGGGUAAUAUGCCCAUGACACUUGAUGAGGCUCUAGACUAUCGAGUCAAGGUUUUGAAGGGAAUGAUGGAGUUUACGCGGUAUCAGCAUGUUGCUUUCGAGUCGAAUGUUCUAAUGCUUUGA